UCUUCGUGUAGCUUGUCCAAUUCGCUCGACCGUCCCACUGUCACCAUUUUCUCGACUGUGUGUCCUCAUAGCUAUACACGGCCAAGACGAAUGCGAACGCACGAUCUACAAUCGAUAUGCUAAGCUCGUCCAUCUGGUGUUGCAGGUCGCGGUAUCUACCACUCAUAUAACCGGACAUGGACUUGUAGCCGGCCACUCUGGGGAGCAAGUGGGAGAAUCUACGUUCUUGUAGCGGCACCGUCACCGUCAUUACUGGAAUUGUGAAUCAUCGUCGCGUCGUUAUCGUGGAGCAGAUGUCAUUAAGGCACCCACACAGGCGCCGAUUCCCGACUUGGCUUCCCUGUCCACCUGAUGGCAAGCUUGAUGUCCCAGGAUACUGCCACUCGGCUCAAGGAAGAAGGAAACGCGCUCUUCAUUCAGGGCAAAUUCGACGAGGCUCUGGUCAAGUAUACGGAGGGUAUCGAGCUCGAUGGAUCGAAUGCGAUCUUGUGGGCAAACAGAAGUGCCUGCCACCUGUCGAUGAAGCGAUACCUGGACUCUGUUGGAGACAGCCGUAAAGCAACAGAACUCGACCCGAUGUACUACAAAGCCUGGGCUAGACUUGCCACCGCAAACGAUGCUUUAAAAGAGUAUCUCCCCAGCUCGUUGGCGUGGCAGCACGCACUGGACACCCUGCCAACCGAGAACCUUACUCCGAUGCAGGAACAGCAACGCCAAGAAUACCAGAAACGACUCGAAGAGUCCACCGACCGCUUGCACCGCAAAGCUAGUGGUGGUGACCGGUCAGUUAAUACACGUUAUUACAGAGAUGGCGAUGGCAAGCAGCCAUGGGAAGUAGCGGGAGAGAUGAUUUCGGCUUUGGAGGCAUCCGGAAAUACCAGCAGCAGUGCUUGGGUGCUGCACGGAGCGUAUAAAGAAUUCGCAGAGGGUGUGCGGAUCAUGAAAGGAGUGACGGUAGACGAAGGAGGAAAUCUCCGAGGAGAAGAAAACGGAUUGCAACACCUCGCCAACGGAAUUAUCAGGGAAGAUCGUGUCUUUCAUAUGGAGAAAGAAGCCCUGUGGAUCAGCGCUUACAACCGCCUCGAAACACUUGAACGCGAAAGACACAAUCCAUGGCUGGCCGCAGGACCCGACUACCUGAAACGCGAGGCUCCCUCGCGGCUAGCCAAAAAGGGAUGGGAUGUCAUUCGCCCAGAUAUCGACCUGACCAUCCGGUUCUGGAUCCUUCGGGGCAAAAUUGAAGGAGCGCUCGACGGCAAUGUAGUUUCGGAGAACGAAUAUUACAGUCGAUGCCUUGAGGUCCUCGAGUGGGGUCGGGAACUGUGGAGGGAUGUCCCUGCGUCUGAGCGUGGCGAGGUUUUUGACGAAGCCUUCAUUCGUGGAUUACGAAAUUUGUAUUUGGAGUCGAUAUUGCAGUGCUACGGCUUCGACCGAGUAGACACGAAGCUCGUGGAGAAGUUGGUGGUGGAGGCAGACAUCCUGUUGAGGAGCCUAGAGACCGACCCUGGCCCUCAUGAUAAUGCAGACCCGGGGUUCAAGCUAUCGUUCUACAAUUAUUGUCGUGGAAAUGCUUAUGCGUGCAAGGCGUUCUUCCACUCUGAUCUCGCCAGACGCGGUUUGUCCGUAGAUCAGAACAACCAGCUCGCAGGGGAGUACUACUUACAAGCUGCGGAGGCAUACCCGGUAGACGACGAGAAACAUUGUCGAUACCUCAACUCCGCAUUACAGCAUCUCUCCCAGCACCCCGGACUCACUGCUCGCAGGAUGCUAGAUAUCAUGACCCGAUUCCGAGUGUCAGUGAAUGAGUCAAAGAAGAUAUGGAAUCAGCAUCCAUCGAGGAUCAGGCCAGAGAAGGACUAUUCUGAUGGAAUGGUGAUGCAGAGGGAGAAUGAGUUGAGGAGGGCACUUUUGGAGAGAGGGUUGUCAUUGGAUACAGUGGUGACUAAAGAGAGUAGAUAACUGACUUGUGUAUUUGAUGUGUGUAUUGGUAGUAAUAUUGAGAUGCUGGAAAUGUAGUGGGUGUAUGCCCACUAUACUGUACACAUUAUGGAUGUUUAAGGUAUCAAUUAUGAUGAUGAAUUUGGUACAU